AUGAUUGAGUCUCAGGCAGUCCCGCAUGCUCCCCCGAUGGCGGAAGAGGACAAAGAAGCUUCUGAGCACGUUCUCCGGGCGGCCACAACUGCACCGUUGGCCUCUUCCAACUCUCACCAGGCUGGAAGUGCACGAGGCUGGUUCAGGAGAGAUGUCAUUGCCUUCUUCCUCCUUGGACACACGAUGGCUCUUCCGAUGACUAUACUCUCGACUGCAGCACACUCCAUGUUCGGGGGAUUCACAGGAGUUUUCAUGAUCGUUGUCUCGCUCUCCGUCAUCGCAACCGCAUUCCCAACGCCGCCAAUCCUCCGCUUCAUCCCCCACUGGCUCAGAGUCGCCCUCAUCUUCGUGGGUAGCUGCCUUAGCUUCUAUUUCUCUACCCUGGGCGAGCCGAAGAUCCCUCCCGGCCAAAUCAGCGGAACAUCCAUGGCAGCAACCGUCCACGCCUUCGCCACUUGCGCUUUCCACGAGACCUCGGCAUACUUUGACCCCAGGACUCACGCAGCAUUCAGCACCGGUUCCAGCUCGGCCGUCCUCGUCGGCCCAGCUCUCUACAUCGGCCUGAUGCAAGCCUACGACGGCAAAUGGCGCACAGUCCUCCUCGUGUGCCUCUGCGUCGCGCCCCUCUUUCCCAUGGUAUGGUGGGGCCUCGUCCCAGCCCAAGGCCGCCGCGCCGCCGAAGAGGGUCGGCGCGCAGCACGAUCCAAGAGAAGACGAACAUCCACAGGCACCUCGACACCCGUCGAAGAUCCCGAGAAAGACGCCGGUGUCACCCAGACGACGCCUCCCACCGCGACCAGCACAAGCGGCUUCGGCCCCGAGCGCACACGGACCGGUCUCUUCUUCAAAUGCCUCUUGCCGAAGUACGUCGUGCCGCAAGCCAUCACGGUGCUGCUGGGCCUCGUCGCACUGUUCGGGCUGGCGCCGGUGUUUAUGUAUCUGUACAGCUUCGACAAGGUGCCGAUGGGGGAGCUGCAGUUUCAGUUGUGCUACCUCACCUACGCGUUCGCCGCCUUCCUCGCCUCCACCUUCACGCCCUCGAUCCCCCUCUGGGCCCUCAGCGUUGGCCAAGCGCUCCUCCUCGUCCUUUCCCUCGUCAACAUAACGCAUCCCUUCUUCACCUACUACGGCGUGUGGAUCAUGAUCAUCUUCCUGCACGGCGCCUUCGUCGGGGCCGCGGUCAGGAACACGAGUCGGAAAAUCGACGGCGACUUCAGGCGCAGGGGGGAGCCGGAGGCGGUGCGCGCGUGGGCGGUGAGCUAUGGCGGUGGGCUGGGGAACGUGGUGGGGGAUUUUCUCGGGGGUGCGUGCGCCAUCAUGGUGCAGAGGUUGGUGUUUUUGUGGAUGAAGGCCGGGGGCAGGAUUCCGCCUGCGACGUAA